GGAGCCGCGCGCGCCCUCCCGGCGCCCACACCUGUCUGAGCGGCGGGGCGAGCCGCGGCCGGGCGGGGAGCUCGGCGCGGAAUGGUGCUCAGCAUGGCGGGGAUUCCAGGACUCCUCUUCCUUCUCUUCCUCCUCCUGCUCUGCGCUGUUGGGCAGGGGAACCCUUAUGGUGUCCCCUGGAAACCUACGUGGCCUGCUUAUCACCUCCCUGUUGUCUUGCCCCAGGCUACCCUCAACUUAGCCAAGCCAGACUUUGGGGCUGAAGCCAAACUGGAGGUGUCCUCUCCAUGCGGACCCCAGUGUCAUAAAGGAGCUCCACUGCCCACGUAUGAAGAAGCCAAGCAAUAUCUGUCUUAUGAAACGCUCUAUGCCAAUGGCAGCCGCACAGAGACGCAGGUGGGCAUUUAUAUCCUCGGCCGAGGUGGGGCCCAACACCAAGACAGGGAGUCUUCUGGGAAGUCUCGGAGGAAGCGGCAGAUUUAUGGCUAUGACAGCAGAUUCAGCAUUUUUGGGAAGGACUUCUUGCUCAACUACCCGUUCUCAACAUCAGUGAAGUUAUCUACAGGCUGCACUGGCACCCUGGUGGCAGAGAAGCACGUCCUUACAGCUGCCCACUGCAUACAUGAUGGAAAAACCUAUGUGAAAGGAACCCAGAAACUUCGAGUGGGCUUCCUGAAGCCCAAGUUUAAAGAUGGUGGUCGAGGUGCCAAUGACUCCAGCUCAGCUAUGCCUGAAAAGAUGAAAUUUCAGUGGAUCCGGGUGAAACGCACCCAUGUACCCAAGGGAUGGAUCAAGGGUAAUGCCAAUGACAUUGGCAUGGAUUAUGACUAUGCCCUCCUGGAACUCAAAAAACCCCACAAGAGAAAAUUCAUGAAUAUUGGAGUGAGUCCUCCCGCUAAACAGCUGCCAGGAGGCAGAAUCCACUUCUCUGGUUAUGACAAUGACCGACCAGGCAAUUUAGUGUACCGCUUCUGCGAUGUCAAAGACGAAACCUAUGACCUGCUCUACCAGCAGUGUGAUGCCCAGCCUGGGGCCAGCGGGUCAGGGGUCUACGUGAGGAUGUGGAAGAGACAGCAGCAGAAAUGGGAGCGAAAAAUUAUUGGCAUCUUUUCGGGUCACCAGUGGGUGGACAUGAAUGGCUCCCCACAGGAUUUCAAUGUGGCUGUCAGAAUCACACCUCUCAAAUAUGCCCAGAUUUGCUAUUGGAUUAAAGGAAAUUACCUGGAUUGUAGGGAAGGGUGACACAGUGUUCCUUCCUAGUGGCACUUAAUGGUCUUCAUGUACUUAUUUUAGGAGAGGCCAAAUUUUUUUUUGUCAUUGGUGUGCACAUGUGUGUUUGUAUGUGUGUGCGUGAUGUGUGUUAUGUGUCAUAUAAUCUUUUACCUACUUUCUUAAAAUUGCAAGAUGACUGGCUUUAUUAUUUGAAAACUGGUUUGUGUAUCAUAUCACUUAAGCAGUUUGAAGGUAUACUUUGCAUAGAAAUAAAAAAACAUACUGAUGUUUGGGGCAAUGGGGAAUAUUUGGCAAUUAAGUUAAUCUUUCACCUUUUUGGAAACUUUGAUUUUUAUUUCAUCUGAAUUUGUUUCAAAGGUUUAUAUUAAAUAUGUGGCAUACAGGACAUAUGAA